UAGGAGUAGGUUAGAGAGUGGUACGAUGUUAGCGCAUUUUAGCACAUUCACACGCAUAGACAAAAAACAUCGAACAAAACGUAGGCAAAAGACAUUAACACAAAAUCAAAUCCCCCAUCAACCCUGUAAACCCAACACAAAGGGCGAAAACAUCCCAUUUCUUGAAAAGUCUAAUUCGGGAAAGAAAUCACAAUACGAGAGAGAGAGAGAGAGAGAGAGAGAGAGAGAGAGAGAGAGAGAGAGAGAGAGAGAGAGAGAGAGAGAGAGGGGGAUGGGGUUGUUUGAUUUGGAAGAGCAAUUUGCAUUCUAUGGAGCUUACCACAGCAACCCAGUAAACAUAGUACUACACAUGAUCUUUGUCUGGCCGAUUGCGUUCACAUUUAUGGUUCUUUUGUAUUUUACGCCGCCUCUGUUAACCCACCCCCAAUUUGAUUUUUGGGGUCUUAAUUUCUUGAUCUUGAAUUAUGGGUUCUUGUUUGCUGCAAUUUACGGCGCGUACUAUGUGAUUUUAGACAGAAAAGCUGGCUCUUUUGCUGCUUUCUUGUGCUUUUCUUGUUGGCUUGGUAGCAGCGCUCUUGCUCAUCGGCUCGGCUUCUCUUCGGCUUGGAAGGUUGUUCUUGCAUCUCAGAUACUGUGCUGGACUGGUCAGUUCAUCGGCCAUGGUGUGUUUGAGAAACGAGCGCCUGCUCUGUUUGACAACCUUGCUCAAGCAUUCCUCAUGGCACCAUUCUUUGUGCUGCUCGAGGGACUGCAAUCUGCGUUUGGGUACGAGCCGAAUCCGGGAUUUCAUGCUAGAGUACAAGCUAAAGUAGAUGCUGAAAUCAAAGCUUGGAAGGACAGCAAACUCAAGAAAAAAUCAUAACAAAAUUGCUGGUCUACAUGCACAUACAAGAUCAUAUGUAUGUAUGUAUGUAUGUAUGUGUGUGUGUGUGUGUGUGUGUGUGUGUGUGUGUGUGUGUGUGUGUGUGUGUGUGUGUGACUUAUUAAUCCAACGUUAUUAAGCAUUAAUUUGCUCUCACUACCUCAUUAAAUGUUAUUUUGAUCUCUCUUUUUUUGUGUCUUUAAUAAGAUUCAACCAUAUUUUUUUUUCUAAUGUGUGUAAAAUCUUUAAACGACAUGUAUAAUGGAAAUAUUAUGGAACAAAAAGUAAUGUCCAAUGAAAUGUGUAUAACAUGAAAUGUUUCAUCUUCCA